AUGGCUCAAGCCAACAACGACAUUUCUCUUAGUAUUAUAGAAGACGAAGAAGAGAAUCGAGCAUAUGCCACCCAAUUAUUAAGCUCCCUUUCGCUACCCAUGACGAUGCAGGCAGCCAUCGAUCUCAACGUAUUUGAGAUCAUAUCUAGGUCCGGUCAUGGCACGAUGCUCUCCCCUUUAGAGAUUGCAUCUGAAAUCCCUUGCAAAAACCCUAACGCACACAUAAUGCUUGAACGAAUCCUCAAGCUUCUCACUAGCUUCAAUGUUUUGACCACAACUACCACUAAUGGCGAGCCACGAUACGGAUUGGCUCCCGUGGCAAAAUAUUUUGUGAAAAAUGAAGAAGGUGUUUCCUUUGCACCAUUCAUGACACUCUUACAUGACAAGGCGGUUGUUCGAAGCUGGUAUCAUUUGAAAAAUUCUGUAAUGGAAGGAGGGGUACCUUUUGACAGGGAAAACGGGACUAACACAUUCGAUUACCAGGGCGUGGACCCGAGGUAUAAUGACUUGUUUAAUCAAGGAUUGAUGAAUCACACUAUAAUCGUGAUGAAAGAGUUGCUACGACAAUACCGAGGAUUUCACAAAGACAUGGAGAGCAUGACAUUGGUGGAUGUGGGCGGAGGCCUUGGUCAUACCCUCAAAAUCAUUAUUUCUAUGUAUCCCAAUAUCAAGGGCUUUAACUUCGACCUACCGCAUGUCAUUUAUCACGCUCCUCCUUAUCCUGGCGUGGAACAUGUCACUGGAAAUAUGUUCGAGAGUGUCCCCAAGGCCGAUGUCAUUUUCAUGAAGUCAAUACUCCAUGAUUGGAGUGAUGAACAGUGUUUAAAAUUGCUCAAGAAUUGUUACAAAGCGUUACCAUACAAUGGAAAAUUGAUACUGGUCGAAUGUGUAGUUUCGGAAGUGUUCGAUAACAAAACAAACACGAAGAGCAUUUACGAGCUUGACAUGAUUAUGCUAUUAAUGAAUCACGGAGGAAAAGAGCGAACUCAUAAAGAAUUUCAUUUCCUAGCCGCCCAAGCGGGCUUUGCAGAGCUAAGAUUGCAAUGCACUGCCUUUACCUACUCCAUUAUGGAAAUUUAUAAAUAA